CUUCUAAACCCCCUUCAAAACCCAAAAACACCACCCGAAUUAUCAUCAAACCGAAAGAACUACUCCAACUUAUUUCAGCCUUACCUCUCAUUUCGCCAUCCUGGUACAUGCCUCCUCCUCGCCAUUCUCCUCCUCCACAUAUUCCUCCUCCUCUCCGCUCGCUCUCUCCCUUUCUUCACCACUUCCCACCCCUCAAAAAUCCUCUUCCCUCCUUCCACUACCGUCACACCUGGUCACUCCGCCACCCUUGAUGUUGAUGGCUCUAACCAAACGGCCCUGAACUUGACCGUCCUCUGCCCAUAUGGUAAAGUCUACGUUUAUGACCUCCCGUCAUUUUUUAACCAUGAAUUGCUACAAAAUUGCCAUGAGCUGAGCCCCUGGAACUCAGGCUGCGACUUGUUUUCGAAUCAUGGCUUCGGAAAAGUCGCAAAUGGGAUUUCAAAACUUGUCCCCGAAAAUCUCAGGCAUGCAUGGCACUGGACUGACCAAUUCCCUUUGGAGAUCCUUCACCACAACCGAAUGAUGAAUUAUCGUUGCAGAAGUUUGGAGCCCGAAUCUGCUACUGCGUUCUACAUUCCUUUUUACGCGGGACUAGCAGUGGGAAAGUACCUAUGGUAUAAUCAUACAUUCGAGGACCGCGAUCGGCACUGCGAGAUGAUGCUGGACUGGGUGAAUAAUCAGCCUUACUGGAACAGAUCCCACGGCUGGGAUCAUUUUAUUACAAUGGGCCGGAUCACAUGGGAUUUCCGCCGAAUCGAAGGCCGCGUCUGAUCCAGCUGUAUUUACAUGCCCGGAAUGAGAAACAUCACGCGCUUGGUGAUAGAGCGCAACCCGUGGGACUAUUUCGAUGUCGGUGUGCCAUAUCCCACCGGAUUCCACCCCAGCACAGCCUCUGACGUCACGGGCUGGCAGGAUUUUGUACGCCGACAUCAGCGGAAGACUCUAUACUGCUUCGCGGGAGGCACGCGCGGGUUUUACAGGAACGACUUUAGAGGAGUGUUACUGAGUCAGUGCUACAACAACUCGGACGCUUGCCGAGUCGUGGAUUGCACCGGCUCCAAGUGUUCUAACGGGACUUCAGCAAUUCUCGAAUCGUUUCUGGACUCGGACUUUUGUUUACAGCCGAGAGGUGACAGUUUCACUCGUCGGUCCAUUUUUGAUUGCAUGGUGGCCGGUUCAAUCCCGGUUUUCUUCUGGAGGAGAACGGCUUACAUGCAGUACGCUUGGUUUUUACCCAGUCAACCGGACAGUUACUCGGUGUUCAUACACAGGAGAGAGGUGCAGAAUGGAACCACGUCAAUUAGAGCGGUCCUUGAGAGCAUAAGCAAAGAGAAGGUAAAAAUGAUGAGAGAAAAAGUAAUCGAAUAUCUACCAAGAAUUGUGUAUGCAAAACCAAACGAGGUGGAAGGCAUUAAAGAUGCAUUUGAUAUAGCCGUUGAGGGGUUUUGAGGAGGGUUAAACAAAAAGAGGGUGUUUACAGGUGAUAAUUCCAUCAAUGCUUUUCUUCUUAUCUUAAAAAUAUAUAGAACGGAGCAUGAAAGGGAUAACCUGAAUUUCUCAUUACGCGGGUAUUAUUUUAGAUUAAAAGGAGCAUGCAUGAAAUAUUAG